AUGGACCAGAUCCCGCACAAUAGGACCAGUCCGGCUAGGUCAGCAGCUGGGGAUGAUGAAGGUUCGCAGCAUGAGGAUAGUUUACCCGCGUGCCUAUCUUGCAGGAGAAGGAAGUCGAGAUGCUCGAGAGAGAGGCCGAGGUGCGCACAAUGCUUCAAGAUAGGUGUUGAGUGCCAGUACGUCGUCAAGCAAAAACCGGGUAUCAAGGCAGGGGCGGUCGAUAAUCUCAAUCGACGGUUAGAGAUAUUGGAACAACUACUCCUGGAUAGUUCUGGCAAUACAAAAGCCAGACUGGCUGCUUUGCUAGACGGAGAUAUCGCCAACCUCACUAGCAAUGGAUUUCCCCAAACAGCGCCCGUAAUUGAGCAGCACGGACAAAUUACACAAGAAGACGCAAUAGACUAUGGAACUCGAGAUUCUUCUCUUGCUUCCACUUCCCAGGCGGAACAUCAUCGUCCGAAACGACAACGAAUUGAUGAUGGUGAUAAUGAUACCGGAGAGGCUCAGUACUGGGAUGUAGAGGAUGAGUCCUGGAUCCCUCCACUGCCGCCUGUUUCGUUUCUGGAAGCGGUUGUCGAAGCUCACUUCCAAACUGUGCAUCAUUGGAUUCCAAUUCUUCAUGAAACGAGAUUCCGUGCCAUGUUCAAAGACCCAAUUGAGAGGCAAAAGUUUCCUAUACUUCUUCAUGCUUUACUAUCUGCCUCGAUCAAGUACGUCGACUUCGAAGUCUUUGGAAUGAGUGUACAGGAUGUUACAAGGCAGAUUCGCAUCUCUCGAAGCGCCGUAAUGUCUCAUGCAAUGGAAUCACUCUCUAUUCAAAACACUCAAGCUUUGGUCAUUAUUGCCUUUGACUAUAUGGGAAGCGGCCAGACCUCAAAGACAUGGCCCAUCAUUGGCUCUCUGACCAGAGUUGUCGACUACCUGCAGCUAACUAUAGAGCCAGACGAAGAGUCGCCGAGGAGACCUCUCUUGAAGUCCUUGGCCAUUCUCAAUACAGCAAAUGACUGGACAGAAUCUGAAGAACGACGAAGGCUUUUCUGGAGCGUUUUUCUUUUGGAUAGAAUAUGUUCGGUCACUACCGGGUGGCAUACAAGUCUAACAUCAGACGACGUUCAUCGGCGCUUACCUUGUGGCGGAGCAAUGUGGGCACGCUCUGAGCCUGUUUCCACGCCGUACUUUGGAAUAUGGGACAAAGCUACCGCCAAGAUAGGCAACUCAAUAUCGAAUGCGCCAACAAUCUAUUUAUCACCAAAAACGGCGGUUGACGAUCCAACUCCUGGGUCCAAUGCUGGCGUGGAUGUGUCCAAGCUUGGGGCCUUUGCGUAUUGCAUCGAAGCGACAGAGAAUCUCAGCCAAGUUACAUCUUUUUUCUUACAACAGGGCGUCGAUUUUGACGACCGAGAUGCUGUCAAAAACUGGCUCACAAGAUUUAAGGAGCUUGACUUGCGUUUGGUUCAUUGGAAGAUGUUUUUGCCGAAACAGUGGCAAGAUUCGAAUGUUUCUCGUGACGUUCUAGUCAUUAAGAUGGACCCAAAUCUUACUCUCGCACACAUCUCGCACAACACUUCGACAAUUCUCCUCCACCAACAUAUUGCAUAUCCACCCACCCGAUGGAAAGAUGUGGUUAAGCUCCCUAGCUCGUGCAGUGCCGAGACAUGCCAUCUUGCAGCAGUUGAAACAUCAUCUAUUGUGCAAAAGUAUUUGCGAUACAUGGGCGGAAUUGUUAACAGCCAGUUCGCCUUUUGCGCUUUCGCGGCUGCGAGAGUAUUGCUUGUUCACUGGCAUUCUAGUGAAACACGUGUAUUAGACGCUGCAUUUUUUGACCUUUUACAGUGUCUGAAAGACAUGUCAGACAAGUGGCGUGGAUAUUAUAACAAC